AAGAAUUCUGAAGUCAUGGCAGGGAAACCCAAGCUGCACUACAACAACGGAAGGGGGAGGAUGGAGUCAAUCCGAUGGCUGUUAGCAGCAGCUGGAGUUGAGUUUGAGGAACAAUUCAUAGAAAAGAGGGAAGACCUAGAAAAAUUAUGCAAAGAUGGAGUCCUGAUGUUCCAGCAAGUGCCCAUGGUAGAGAUUGAUGGGAUGAAGAUGGUGCAGACUAGAGCCAUCCUGAGCUACAUAGCAGCCAAGUACAACCUCUAUGGAAAAGACCUGAAGGAGAGAGCCUGGAUUGAUAUGUAUGUGGAGGGAACAACAGAGUUGAUGAGAAUGAUGAUUAACCUCCCUUUUCACCCACCUGACACAAAAGAAGAGACUCUUGCCUUAAUCAUUGAACGAGCUACAAAUAGGUACUUUCCUGUUUAUGAAAGGGCCUUAAAAGACCAUGGGUAUGAUUAUCUUGUUGGCAACAAAUUAAGUUGGGCAGACAUCCAACUGUUGGAAGCCAUUUUAAUGGCAGAAGAAUGUAAGCCUGAUAUACUGUCUGCAUUCCCUCUGCUACAGGCUUUUAAAGGAAGAACAAGCAACAUUCCAACAAUAAAAAAAUUCUUGCAGCCUGGCAGCCAGAGGAAGCCACGAACAAAUGAGAAGAUUGUUGCUAUUGUGAGGAAAAUAUACAAUUUCUAAUCGUGUGGCUGCUGAAGAUAACACAACUGUAGUAUAGUACCAGAACUGUGCCUUAUAAGUGUAACCUGCAUAGAUCCUCUAUAGCUUGACUAAU